CCAGCAUCGAAUUCCGGUGAGCCUGGUGCGGAACAGGUGCCCGCGCCGUCGUGCAGUCGACUCACCAUGUAUCGCGUCUCGGCUCUGCUCCCCUCGUGGGAUCGGUCGAGACAGAGCACCCCCGGUUCCAACAACAACAACAACAACAACAACAACAGCAGCAACAACAGCAACAAGAGCAACAGCAGCAGCAGCAGCAGUAGCAGCAACACCGGUACCAGCAGCAGCCCCUUGCCGCCAAAGACACCCGGCGCCCUGGACAAGGUAUUCGGCUGGGCAGAGAAGAUCGUGCCUGCUAGCCGGAUCAACACCUCGACGACGACGACGACGACAACGACGACGCCCGGAGCGCGCACCCGCUACGGCAGAGAAACGUAUUGGCCAACAACCCUCGAUAAGGAGUGCGACAAGGCCGCAAGGAUCAUCAAGUCGUUUUGCUUUGACGGCUUCCUUUCUCAGGAAUCCGACGAGCCGAGUGAACAGAGCGAGACAACGCCGGCGGAAUCAGCGUCGACAACAAAGUACAUCACUAAAAAGAUCCCCCCACGGAUUAUACAGAAUGCCGUGGGCCUCGCCGUCUUUUCGUGCAUGCGCUCCGGCCUCUGGAUGUCAGGGUCAGGCGGAGCCGGUUUGAUCACGGCGCGCAAGGCCGACGGGACCUGGUCGCCUCCAUCCGCAAUCAUCCUUCACACGGCCGAGCUGGCCUUCCUCAUGGGCGUCGACAUUUACGACUGCUUAUUAGUCAUCAACAGCGUCCAGACACUCGAGCUCUUCACUCGCCCGAGGCUGAUUCUAGGCGUCGAUGUCAGCCUGACCGUCGGCCCACUCGUUGCGGCCGGAUCCAAGGACCCCGAGAUCAGGUGGAAGGAGAUCAGCGAGACCGUCCUGACGUAUGUGAAGGCUAGGGGAAAGCAUCAGGCAGUGCAGCUGGACGGCUCGAUGGUGACGGAACGCUGCAACGAGAACGAGAGGUUCUACUGCGCCGGCGUCACCAUCCUGGAUAUCCUCGCCGGAAACAUUCCCAAGGAAAUCCCCCAGAUGCGUCCCUUGUUCGAGGUCAUCAAGGCCGCCGAGGGCCGCUCUGACUACGACAAGGCGAUGAUGGAAUGGCUUGCGCAGCAGCCAGCGCCUGGCGAUGCUGAUAUCGAGAGCCCUAGGGAGUCUCUCGCUUCCCUCACUUCACCGACCAAAGUAGCUUUUGGCAUCCCGGACGCCAACGAUCCGGAUCCGUUCGGAGUCAUCGGCUUAGAAAUGGCGGGCAUCGAGAUCCGAGAGGCCGGAACCAAGCACCGUCCGACCAGCACGCAGUUUGAGUUUCAGCCAAGUCCCAGCAGUCCUUUGUACGGAAGGUUUAGUCGUCAGAGUAUGGACACCUUUGUCUCGAGGAGCAAUCGUGGGAGUUGCAUGUCGGCGCGUACCCAGGCGACUGCGAUGACGGAUGCCUGCACGCAGACGGAUGUCACGAGCACGGCUGACACGACUUUCAGCCGCGCCAACAGUGACGAUGGGAAGGACAGCGUCGAGAGGCUGCCGACCGUUGUGGAACCCGAGGAAGUGGACUACACGAAAGUCGACGCAAGCAUCCUCGAGCGGCUGAAACGAAGGACGAUGGAGCCAGUGGCGCCGGCACCACCAGCACAAGCCGUCGAAACCAAGGAGAUGAAGGGGCCAGGUGUCGCCACCGGGACAGAGGGCAAGUCAACCAAAGAGGCCGAAACUACGGACGUUACAACGGCCACGGAGGUCAAGACGAUGGAAGACGAGAAGGUUGAGCCUGUCAACCGAGCCGUCGAGCCAGGUGCUGUGAGCGAGGAAUCCAGCCCGGAAGCCACCAACGAACAGGACGAAGACGCCGAUGACGAAGACGACGAGGACGUCGAUGAAGAGCCCAUCAUUUGCGAAGUUGCCACGGCCUCGGCACAACCACCAGUGCGGACCUCCAUUCAGCGGCCGCAGAUCACGCAAGUAAUGCAAGUCAAGGGCGCUAUCGUCACCAUUCCAAAGCGGGUCCCGCCUCCCCUCCCAGCGCGCAGUCCCGCCCGCGUGUCGCGAGGAAGUAAGAGCGACUUCGGCGAUGUGUCCUCGCUCAAGAGCCCCGCCCGAAGCUCAUUGCUCUCGAUCGAAUCUCGCGCCGACGACAACGCCACCACUCCAGAGCACGACCACGCCCCGGUAACGGCGGGAGGUUCCCCCACACAGGUACCGCGGCCGAGCAGCCCGCGACACAUCAAGAACUCAUCAUCCACCUGCACUGCCGUGGCAGUCGACAAGACCGCAACCGCAUCCCGCCCAGCCUCCCUCUCCAUUCCCCCCAGCACAGACCGAAACGCGUCUGAGCAGGGGCACGGAAGCGAUGACGAGACUGGGAGCCAGAGCAAGACGGCCUCGCCGUCCUCAACGGCCGUUUCGGCCACCCCACAAACCACCGGACCCGCCUCCCCGACAGAGGAUGACUCCGAUAGGGAUCCAACUACGCCCCAGACGGCCGAGACGGACUUUGACACCGCAUCCGAGCGUCAGGCCGACGUCGCCAAAGAGGACCAGCUGCGGGAGGAGGCGAGAGUUGGCCGUGAUGACUGCUUGAAGGCUGUGAACCUCCCCCCUGGGAGUGCUUCGGAGAAGGAUAGGGAGAACAUUGAAUCGGCUGCCGCCUGAGCGGCUGUUUGGUCGAGGCCAGAUUUCUCGGCCAGUGUGUUUUCUUGUUAUUUUCUUUUGGUUCCCCGUCCCCUCUUAUCUUAUCUUAUUUAUUUAUUUCCGUUUUUGUUCGAUCUAUUUGAUUAUCGACUUUUUGAAUAGGUUUUUUUUUCGCCUUUAAAAACCAUCCAAGGAUGGCUCGAAGCGGGGGACGGCUAUGGGCGAACAAACGGUCAAUGGAUUGGUUCAUGGCUAUGACGCGACACAGCGUGGAGAGAAAGAGAGAGAGAUCAUGCCGGAGAGCUGCUUGGUUUUCAUCUGUUUCUGUUUCUAGGUUGGUGGGCUUUAUCGGUUGUUUGGUCGGUUGGCUGGUCGGUUUUGGUCUGGUCGGCGUUGCUACAGUGGUUGAGCUGCUUCUCCGGAGCCAGCAUCAUCCCGACGGCUUGUUCCAGCCAACUUCAAUGUUUUCAUUUAGGGGAUGAGCAUGGGCUGGGGGUGGCAAGCAAGGAAGGAAGGAGUUAAAAAAAAACAUUUGAGGGAAAGACCGUGAAAAAGCACGGAUUAUGAUACCCAUUCGAAUGGACGACAGCACUCGACUUGAGAGAAACCACGCGAGUAACCCGUGGGAAACGGAAUGAGGGCAGACAUUCAUAGGUGGCAGUCUGUCUUAGUAAAGGAAAAAACAAGGACAACGCUAAUGAUACACUCU